AUGCAACCACUUUCGCUAAGGCCACCAGACAGAUCAAUGCUGCCCGAUCUUUUUGGCUAUAGGAAGGCGACUGGACGAUCUUCACACGGGACACAGCCGAUAGUCGAAGCCAUCUUACACGCGGCAGCAACUGUUCGAUAUAAACUCAUAUACAGUUAUGCUCGGGCAGUGGACAAGUACGUACAGAACCGAUUCGUUACUGUGCUCGCAUCUCGACAUUUUGCUAAGUCAGCCACAAGUUCAUAUGCAUCUACCAAAAAAUGUUCGUGUUAUGUUUCUGGAGAUCCUCAUUACUACACAUAUGAUGGCCAAGUCAUUCAUUUCAUGGGAACAUGCAAGUAUAUUCUUUCGACUAACAAGCCAGGCAGCAAUUUGACUUACUUCUCGGUGGAAGUAAAAAACGAACAUCGUGGCAACACAAGGGUAUCUUAUACGCGUAUGGUAGAUCUGCAGCUGAAAGGCGUUACAGUCCGGUUACUGCCUCGCAACAAAAUUCUGGUCAAUUCGAUUAAAGUGAAUUUGCCAAUCGAUGACUAUUUGGGAUUUUCUGCAUAUUAUUCGGCCGGCACGAUAACUGUUACAACAAAAUGGGGCCUGUUUUUAAGAUUUGAUGGUAAUCACUGGGUUCAUUUGAACCUACCUGGACGUUUUGCCAACGAACUAAUAGGUAUUUGUGGUGACUGCAAUGGAAUCAAGGACGAUUUCAAAACAAAAGCUGGAGAAGAUGUGUCUAAUCGAAAAAAUAAAUAUACCAUCAUUGGAGAUAGUUACCAAGUUUGUGAUGACUCUGACAAACCUGAAAAAUGCGAGAGUCAACAACCUGAAAAUAAUUGCAGCCCGACACAGGUGAAGAGUUGCAAUAUUCUAAGUAACAGCUUAUUUAAACCUUGCGUAGACAAAAUUGGACAAAAUAAACUCAAUAGACAUUUGGAAUCGUGUAAAUUUGAUGUUUGCGCAUAUCUAAAGCAACCAAAACUUCAGUCGGUGUUAUGCAAGACACUUGAGUCAAUGUCAGAUGAAUGUGAAGAUGCUGGUGUAUUUAUCGAUUGGAGAAAAACAGCAAAAUGUGAGAAGGAAUGCCCAUUAAAUCAAGAAUAUAGCCAUAAGACGCCUGUUUGUCAACCAACAUGUGUAAAUCAAACUCCAAAGUGCACAAAAUACACUGAAGGCUGUAUUUGUAAAUCUGGUUUUAUUCUCAGUGGAGAGGAGUGUGUUCCCAAAUCAGAAUGUGGUUGCAUGAAUGAUAAAAUAUAUAUGACGAUUAAUGAAGAAAGGUAUGGACCAAAAUGUAACAGUAUAUCAACAUGUAAUGGUACAGGACAUCUCAUACAUAAGGAAAUAAAUGGUUGUCCAGAUAACAGCAAGUGUAAGAUAUCUAGAAACAAGGAAGGGUGUUACUGCAAUCCAGGCUAUUCACUGCAUAAUGGCGAAUGCACGCAAUUCGUGUGUGACAAGCCAGUUGAUGUAGUAUUUUUGGUGCAGGCCAGUGCUAUUGGCGAAACGCAAUUUGAUGAAUUGAAAACUUUCGCAACGGAUUUUACUGAAUCCUUUACCUUGAGCUUGUAUUCGGCACGAAUGAGCCUUCAUACGUUUACGGUUCACAGAUUCUCUUUCGGUGUAAGGAAUUCAGAUGAUCCAUUACAUGUACAGAAAGCUGCAAAGACAUUACAGUACGUCAACGAAAGUACCUCUUCACUCUAUAAUAUUUUCUAUUACCUGAAUAAGUACAAACAAACAAUCUUGAAUUUGAGACACCCCAUAAAAGAUCAUAGUGCUGUUGUUCUAUUCGUUGGAAGCAACCUAAUUCAUGAAACACAAUCAAAGAAUAUGAUUAAAACACUAAAUAAAGCUGGCUUCAAUAUCUAUAUAGUAGCAAUUGGAGAAAAUGCUAAUGAAAAACAGCUGCGGAAUAUUAUCGGCCAAACAAAUACCAGUAAUUUGAUGUUCGCUAAGAACUUUUAUGAAUUAAACAAUAUAAAGCUCCAAAUUUUAAAGAAAGCGUGCUCUGUUGAUCCUUGCAAAAAUAAAAUAAAUCCAUGCAAGAAUGGAGGAAAAUGUAUCAACAAAGAUUCCACCUUCAUUUGUGAAUGUACUGAGAAUUAUUUUGGCCGAUUUUGUGCUCAAGAGAAAAAGUGUUCCUGCUAUAAUUAUGGAUUGUUUUAUUAUCAAACGUUUGAUGGACAAGCGAUAAGUUUCAAGGGAGACUGCAAGUAUAAUAUGGUAUCUGGAAAAUCAGGGAACACAAAAUUUUCUGUUGAUGUGGAGAGCGAACGUCGAAAUCUUGUAGACCCAUACUACACCACUAAACGCUUAGUAGAUGUCAAAAUAAAUUCCAUCACAAUUCGUUUGUUGCCAUUAAACAGAAUCUGGGUUAAUGAAGAAGAAUUCACUCUCCCUGUCGUGAAAUAUGAGGAAUUUGAAGCAUAUUAUGCUGUCGGUUGGAUAACAGUUACUACCAAAUGGGGAUUAAUAGUGAGGUAUGACGGAAAUCAUCGAAUUACUGUCAGCCUUCCAAUUUCAUUUGCUAACAAACUGACUGGUAUUUGCGGUGACUGCAAUGGAGAACAAGAUGACUUCCGUACAAAGUCUGGACGAAAUGUUUCAUCUCUCGAAAACAAAGACAGUUUAAUCGCAGAUAGUUAUCAGGUCACUGGUGAUUCUAACGAAAAGUGUAAUGCAACAAGUGUUGUUAAUAUAAAAUGCAACAGCACUGAAGUGCAACGAUGUAAUAUCAUACACAGUAAUAUUUUCACAUCAUGUGUGCAAACGCUUGGCCAAAAGCUAGCCAAUCGGUUUUUUGAAUCUUGUCAAUCAGAUGUCUGCUCAUCCAGCGUCAGUUUGAAUACCGACAUUUUAAUUUGUAAAAGUAUUGAAGCUUUUGUUACUGAGUGUGAAAGAGCUGGUGUACCAAUAAACUGGAGAGGAAUUGCAGAAUGUCCAAGUUUCUGUGCAGGUUACGAAAGCUACAAGUACUAUGCAACAAGCUGCCGAAACGAUUGUUUAAAUACUACAAAAUGUUCCACGUUCUCUGAAGGUUGUACUUGCGGACAGAAUUUCCGUUACAGCGGAAAACGUUGCAUGCCCAAAAACUAUGGUUGUGGUUGUUCCAUUAAUGAUGAAUACUUUAUGAGAGGAACAUAUCUCGUUGAUUCUACUUGUAAUAACACAUACUAUUGUUCCGCAAAUGGCAAAUACAAGAAAUAUUCAUAUUUCUGUUCAAAGAAUGGUAAAUGUGAUUUUAAAAAUGGUAAACGACAGUGUGUCUGUAAAAAUGGUUAUUAUGGAAGUGGUUGUCAACACGCCAUUGGUCGAUGGGGUCAUUUUAUUCAAGUAUGGAACGCGGAAUUGAAAGCCGUUCCUUGGGCUUCAUAUUCAGUGGAUUAUAGCCACUGCAGUCAACUGUGUUAUUUUAAUAAAUUUUGCAAGGCAUUUAGCAGCGAUCAUACUCGUAGAAUAUGUAACAUAUAUAAUGUUGAUGCGAGUGGCAAUUUUACUUUGGCCUUUGCCGACUGCAGUUCAAAAUACUAUUAUCAGCGAAGCAGUAAACAUGUAGUAAUAAAUGGUGCUUCACUUCAUCACUGCGAAGAUACUCAGACAAUUCUAAACGUAAAGAAUCCAGAAGACUGCCAAGAGACAUGCUCGCGAAAAGGAUGCUUCGGAACAAUGUUUCUUAAGUCAAAGAAAGUAUGCAAAAUGGUGAUGUCUCUCAAGUAUUAUUUUCGGUUUAUUGGUAACGAGGAUAGUUAUUUUGCUGGUAUGUAUUUUGUGUUUCCUGUUAAUAAACAUUCGUGUGAAUGGCAGUGUGGUUAA